GAUGCAGGUAUAGAAAUAGUGAAUAUAGCAGGUGGUGUACUUUUAAAUUCCUCACAGUCUAAUGCAGUGGCUAGACGUAACCACACUAGCUACCAUCAAUCAUAUUAAAAUUAUGUAUAAUUAAUAACUGCAAUAAUCGUGCAUCUGUUGAUUCCACAACUGUACAGCAUUUUUUGCCAAGCUUUGCCUGCUGAACUAGCUGAAUGCUUCACAGCAGAAGAAGAGAGUUGUUAGAUGUAUCACACAACAUAUAGUUCCACUGCUUUUAUCCAAGAAUUUUGUUGUGUAAAUUGAGAUGUCUUGAUCACAACACAAGCGGACCUUGGUCUAGAGUUAGUUUAAGGAAAGCAAAAGAGAAGAAUCGUCAAAUUGCUCGACAAGAUGGCUGAAGGUGUUGAAAAGAGCUUAAUGAAGUUUUACAAAUCGCAAAGCAGUGACUAUUCUCAGUUGAGAAACGAAACAGAAGAAGGAAAUGAAUCAGAGGAUGAGGAAAUUUUUAGCAUGUACGUCACAAAUGAGGGAAGAGGAGAGACCAAUGCAAACUAUAUGAAGCUGGAAAGAAAAGAAGACUGGGGUUGGACAAAGAAUAGGCAAGGCAGCUGCAGAGUCAAAACAAAGAAAUCUGGUAGCUGCUGCUCCUUUUCAUCUCUGUGUAUUUUGAUACUUUGCACCAUCUUUAUCAUAGUCACGAUAAGCACAUUAUCUGGUAUUCUUGUUAAAAUGGACGUCAAAAGAAAUUUUUCAAUUCAGAAGAAAAUUCUUCCUCCAAAGCAAUUCAUCACGCAAGGUAUAUGGAGUUCUAAUUACAAGAAUUUCGUGACUGAAGCGCCGAUUCGUUUUGUUGAUGUAAAUGAAGAUGGCAUUGACGAUAUCAUCACUGGAUUUGGAACCAUUUUGGACGGACGCGGGGGUAACCAAUCGAUCUUACCAGAUGGAACGCGUCCUUUUUUUGGUGGUGCAUUUGCCCUUGAUGGAAAGACUGGAUCAGAGCUUUGGAUGCAUUAUACAGAUCACGAAGUGUUUGCAAUCAAUUGCAAUGGAGAUUUGACACAAGAUGGAAUUGCAGAUUGCUUACUUGGAGGACGCGGUGGAGUUUUCCUCGCAAUUAAUAGCAAAAAUGGAUCGUUGAUAUGGACAUUUUCGAACAAAGAACUCCACAAUAAGGGUAUGAAUUUUUAUACUGCCCAGUUUAUCCGUGAUUUGGAUGGAGAUGGGAUAAUGGACGUGCUGCAGAUCCAUGGUGGCGAUAUAAAUGCUGAGCCGUAUAGCAAAUCAAGAUUAUCUGGGAAAAUUAUGAUUGUGAGCGGAAAAAACGGCAACGUGCUGACAUGGUCGGAGACUCCUGACAAGAAAGAGAGCUACUUUUCUCCAUUGGUGUAUACAGUGGGAAAUGGCACAGAAAUGGUCAUAUUUGGUACUGGUGGGGAAACGCAUGGCGGAUCCUUAUAUGUCAUACCACUGAAAGAUCUGUAUAAAGGGCGAAUUGAAAAAGCUGUUUCUAUAUACAAGGACGCUGAUAAAGGCAUUAUGAAUCCCCCAGUACUUGUUGACUUGACUGGGGAUGGCACCAGUGACAUUCUGAUUGCUUUCUUCAACUCGACAUAUGCUGCAAUAAAUGGGGAAAGUUUCAUUAUCAUUUGGACGUAUCAUAUACCAAACUCUGAAACAUAUUCGGUUCCAACUCCUGGUUAUUAUAACAAUGACAGCGUGGUAGAUGUAAUGAUCAGAGGCAACGUUGGGAAAGGAUUUCCAGUUUAUUACCAUUCUCUGGUUACAAUUCUGGAUGGUCAGAAAGGGGUCCCGAUUACAAAGCCGUUUAAAACGUCAGUUGGGAUGCAUUCGUCACCACUGUCAAUAGGUUUCCAAGGAUACGGUAAUGACGCGUUCCUGUAUUGGACAGUAGACUGCAAAGGGCAUGAAGGAGAAGGCGGGGAAUAUGGCAUGCUCGUGUCUAAUGGCAUCCGAACGGAUACUUGCUCGUUGAGAUAUAAGACGAAAGAAAUAGAUAAACUACACAUUGCCACAAAUUUGGCGGGCUUUCCUGGAAUUGACCUACCUGAUUUGAAGAUUGUGGCUGAACAAACUUCUCGACAUAAAUGUACAGGAAAAUGUCCACGUCACAUGAACAAUGCUUACUCUUCCAAACGGGGACAAAAGAUAUCGUAUUUACAGAGAGUUAUAGGAACUGGUGGGCUGACCAGUCCAAUGGAGAAUUCAGUAGACGGAAAUGGUAAUAUGGAAUCGAUUGAUGCUGUAUUCGCAACGUUUUCGCUGGAAUCAUCGAUAGAUGCAGGCAUUACUAAGAAAGAACUCCACUGCAUACGUCGACAAUAUGAAAUCAGGAAAAAGCAACUGCCAAAGCACCAAGUAUUUCAACGGAAUGAAAAAGCCGUAAGGAAAUGUUUACAAAAGAAAGAACAGAUACCGGAAGAUUCUGAAAAAAAUAAACAUUCUGAAAUGACGAUCUACCGUGUUAAAAUCAAACCGAUUUGCCAAGUGCGAUCACAGAAUCAGACGUGUGCGAAGAUAUUGCCGAUGGUCAGUCAAGAAUGGGGUGGAUACAUGGGGAGCUUAACGAAUGGAUACUUCUCCGGAAAGAGGCAAGCGAAAAGGAGGCCCUAGCUGGUUUGGGGAUGUAGAGCACCAAAAAGUAAAUGGUUUGGGGAUGUAGAGCACCAAAAAGUAAAUGGUUUGGGGAUGUAGAGCACAAGGCACC